CUUGUUGAAAUCCAUAUAAUGAAGAGGUCGAGAGUAACUGGGACUAGUGCCUUUGUUUUACUGUUAUGUCUGUAUAGUCAACACGUGUCUGCAGCAUUACCGGGAAAUUGUGUACACCUUGAAGAUAAGCCCCUGGAUACAACAGAUCCAAUUACCAUAUUUGGUGCUAACAAUGAGCUUGAAGGUCGUGCUAAACCAACCAGAACCGGCAAUCUCAGACGGUCUAGAGCUCUACCUACUGGACACUUUGCAACUAAUCACAUCAAGCCAAACUCAAUUCCUUUAAGACUCUUUCCAUAUGAAGCAAACAUGGACAAAAAUGGCGUCACAUAUGAUGCUUACACAAUGGACAGGUGGACCAAGUCCGACAGAACCGAUCUUAUGGAAGAACAAUCCGCUUGGCAAUCCGGACAACCCUGGAACAGACUCGACAAAAUGGGAACUAACUUGAAACAGAUGGUUGCUGGUCCUGACGGAAAUCCGAUGGGGGUGUUUUCAGGAAAAUCAGGAGUUAGAAUUGGAAUAGCUGGUGCAGGGGAGCCUACUCUUACAGACUUUGGUGAUUUAUUUGCAAACUUUAUAUACAAUGGACAUGGAGGAAGCAUGGAGGUUCCUGUUGUAAGGGGAGCAACUCUACUUACUCAUAUCUUAAAGAACGCCAAUCCAGUAAUUAAACCAUACUGUCUGAGUUCUAUCAAUGGACAUGCUGUUAAAUUUGGUUGUCCUAUGGAACCGUCAGCGGCAGAUGGAGGAAGUGGAUAUUUAACUGGAGUCUGUCAUGGUGGGAAUCUCCAUAUCAGCCUUCACAAUACUCGACCUAUAAAAGAUGUCACUAAGUUACAAUGGGCUGCCCAAACUCAACACACGUGGCAACAGAAAACAAUGAGGAGCUGUGAUGCUAGUCAUUGCAAGGUUUCGUCUGAUGGUAAAACGGUUUCCAUAGUAAUACCAAACGCUUCAGGUACAAUGGCUUUUGCUGUGAACUAUAUCGGACAUUAUGUUCUACCGCUCAGUUGGGGAGACCAUCCUAAAACAGCCGCGUGUACAGGAUCCGGAAAAAGGUCAGUUCAGUCUAAACGAGGAGUAGAAGAUAUUAGUGUGAUAGCUAAAUGUGACAGUAAUCGUAACCUAGAGAUUCGCGUUGAUACCGGAAGUACCAAUAAUAUAGCAGGUGUUGAUAAAGUUCAGUACGCUGUGGAAACUACAACCAAGUGGAAACAAACACCCGCCAUGCACACAUGCACGUCCAGUACGUGCACCAGACAAGGGAUUGAUGUAAUCAUCAAGAAGAAAGUGACCGCAGAUACAGUCCGGGUAGCUCUAAACAUCAUCGGGUAUACAACCCUGCCCAUGGGCAACUGGUUUGAGAAGGCUUACGUUGUUCAUUGUGGUGGUAGCGCUGUAAACAGUGGUAACAAAGGAGGUAACACUAACCACAUUACCACAGCUCCAGAGACAGGUCAUACGGCUAAACCAAAGAUAGUCAACACCCUGGCCGCCAACAAAAAAUUCCUUCUGGAGCUCAACGAACCUGGCGAUGAGCUGCCCCACCAGACACGAAAGUUUGUUUUGUACUUUACUGAAGCUGUCCAAGGCUCAGUUGACGAAGCUAAUGGACAAAUAACGUUCUCUGUGCCCCAUUCUGGUAAUGCUUACUCUGGUUUGGUACAGCUUGGCUAUCUGGGAGCUGGUCCAAGGGGUGAUAAAAGGAACGAUAAUUAUUUGGACCCACAUGCCGAAGUUUAUUCAUACAAACCUCACGUAUCUUAUUGUGUCAGUGAUGCCCGGAACAAGGGUUACAUGAGUUUCGAAUGGAUGGCUAAAGAUAAAUCUGGUAGAGAAGCCGCGAACGGAAAACUGAUGAUGGUAGCAAUGCCGCACCAGGAACUGUUACUGAAGAACACCAACCCACAUGGCUUAAAGAAUUCCGUGUAUGGUUUCAAGACAGUAUCAGCAAAUGAUUGGCUGUUGGAACAUGAUCUUCAGCCAGCUUCUAUGGAACCACAAAGUGCUGCUGUUGAUAGAAUCAAACACGAUUCCACAAAUCAUAAGCUUAUACUUGAUGCUAUUGAGCGAGAUGCUGCUAAUGUAAAUCUAAUGUCAACAUGUGCCCAUUCUGAUAGUUAUAAUGUUGGUAAAGCUCUCGGUCUAGUUUCGCGACUCGCCAGUAUCUCGAGAGCAUUUGGUACCAAUCAUUAUCAAAAACUAGAUGACUCCAUUAAAACCUGUCUAGACAAGUGGUUGAGAAUUGACGAUACGUUGGACAAUAAAUGGAAGUUUCACUAUGAUAAUGUUUGGGGUGGAAUGUUUUUACGAGGAACAGAUGGUGGUCUAGAAUUUGGCACUGAUUACGGCUUCCCCUACUACAACGAUCAUCAUUUUCAUCUUGGGUAUUUUCUCUACGCUAUAGCAUAUUAUGUGAAACAUCACCAGAACUGGGGAAGGACUAAUAAGGCCAGAAUAUAUGCGAUAGCACGUGAUGUGGGAAAUCCGUCUUAUAAAGAUACCCGAUUCCCAGUGGUACGACAUAAAGAUAUCUACACCGGUUUCUCGUGGGCUACCGGAGUAGUUCCUGGUGAAAGACAGGAGGAAUCAGCCUCAGAGAGUAUAAACUGCUAUCACGGAUUAGCAGCACUGGGAGACGCCUUCGGUGAUCAACAAUUACGACAUGUCGGACAAAUUAUGUUAGCAUCAGAAAUCCUGUCUGUAAGAGAAUAUUGGCAAGUGCGUCAACACAACCGUCACAAUUUCCCACCCAUGCUACAACAGAUCGGAGUGGUCGGUCAGAUCGCAGAGAAUGCAUUCUAUGUAUACACCUUAGACUGGGCAUGUGAUCCAAACAGAUUUCCAAUGCGACAUGGGUGUCUUGUUGGUAUACAAGUUAUUCCAUUAACUGCAGCUUCAAAAUACUGGGUGGAUAAGGAAUGGGCCAGUAGUAUUAAACAAAGUUGUGAAUGGGCGAUUGAUCCAGCUCAGUCACCCCAAUAUCAUCUCACAAACCCUGGUGACAUGAGACAACUAGCAGUGGGAUGGAAGGCUUUCUGUCAUGCUGCUUUGGCACCUCUUGAUACAUCACAUCGAACCAAGGCAGUGGAAUAUUUGAAAACAAAACGACCCCAAGAUCUUGUUGGUGGAACUGGUUCAGCAAGCACAUUGCUUUUUAUUUUAGGGUCUACCUAAGAUUGUCUACUGAUUAUGUUGAGGUCUAAUAAACAUUUAAAACAAUUUAA